AUGAAGUCGUUUGGCUUCGGGAGCCGCAGAGGCCAGACGGUCCUGAGCUCCAUAGGCCACAUCUACACGGGUUCCAGGUACCGAAUCUGGGACGCCGAACUGCAGAAGAUCCAGAGGGCGGCUGUCAAGUGUGAUGCCGGGGAAGUGGAGCGCUGCCUGGUGUGCUGGAGUGGAGACCAAGACAAGCAGCACAGCAGCAUGUCCCCAAGAAAGUGUCAGAGCCUUUACCUGGACCUUCCCAUGAAAAAGAAAACAGAAUAG